CGUCUAUUAGCGAAGGACAGUUUUGCUGGUGACAGUGAACGAUGGCUUCCGCCUACGGUGCAAUAAGUGGCCCACAGUCCAGAGCGGAGCUACCCCUUCCAAUGCAGCUAACACUCAAGGAUGGCUUCACCGCAACGCUCAGCAGGGUCGAAUCCUUUGACACCGAGUUGACCGAACGCAUUCGUUUGCUUUUGAAUGCAGAGAUAGAAGCGGGAAAUACCUAUCCUCAGGAAGAAGCGUUAGAUGAGGCGUCUUUUGCAAACUAUUUUUUAUCUGGGGACGCUUUUGCUGUUCGCAGGAACUCUGACCAUGAACUGCUUGGGACUUUUUACAUCAAACCAAACUUUCCUGGUCGUUGUUCACACAUAUGCAACGGGGGAUUCAUAGUCUCAGGAGCAUCGCGCGGACUAGGGGUAGGUAGAGAGAUGGCAAAAGCUUUCUUGGUCUUAGCGCCAAUACUUGGAUAUCAAGCAUCCAUGUUCAAUCUUGUAUUUGAAACAAACACUGCCUCGGUGAACCUCUGGCAAUCGCUGGGAUUCCAGCAGAUUGGAAGGGUUCCGAAAGCCGGUCGUCUCCGACGGAGCGAUGGGGAAGGAGAAGUGUAUGUAGACGCAUUAGUUUUCUACUACGAUUUUACAAACUUAGCGUCCUGAGGCUCUCUGAGAAAGUGCGUGGGCAAUCAUAUAUAUGUAUUUAGUUCUUGUGCCAAGAGGUCAAGAAAGGCUUGACUCACUAAAUAGCAAAUUCGGCAAUUCCCUC